AUGCGCCUCACCUUCCAACUCUACCGUCGAAUCCGGCAUGACUUUCUGCCGGUGUACAUAAAGAAGCAGUGGAAGGAACAGGGUUCUAUCAUGACCGCGCGGCGCCUCCGCGUGCCUCGACAGGCUCUCGCCGAUCCGCGGAUCGCAGAAGUGGCGGCGCAGGCGGAGGACACCUUCGUCUCUACCCGCUACCGCGAUGCCCUUGCACGUGAAAUCGAAAUGGGCGCGACACCGGAGGAGAGAGCCGUCUGGGAGCGCCAGCUUGCUCAGCGAUUAGCUCAGUUCGGUGGGAGGACCGAGACGGCAUCCAAUUUACCUCCUUGCCUCAUCUUUGAACCUUCUCGCCUCUUUUGCAGGGACAUUGCGCAGGUCGCCAUGCUCACAAAUACCGUCGUUCAUGAGGGCGCUCCUUCGGCGGUGCAGUCAAUCUAUGAGGAGGUAGCGUCAUCGGCGGCGGCCAAUAUGCAGUCACUGGUUUCGGCGGUAGAGCGGAGCGUGUUGCACGCUCAUGUAUGGCACACGGACGAGGACAAGUUGCCCAAGCGCUACAAUCCUGAGCUACUCAUUUGGAAAUUCAAAACCGAGUUUGGCAUCCAUCCCACCAACGUGGCUCGCUACCUCCUUUGCAAUCUCUUUCGCGUCUGCCAAAACCAGUCUUUGGAGAUGCAUUUGACCCCGUCGAGCGACUCGCGGACAGGUCUGCCGCCGCGUUGGUUGUUACGUGACCGUGUCUUGGAGACGUCGUUUUUAUGGGGAGAAGAGCAGCAGCGUCGGGUGCAGUUCAGUCAGCGCAACGACCUUGUCCUUCUCUCGCCCACCCCAACACCCCUUUUCGAACAGCCUGCUGCGUCCCUCAGUGCCACCGAAGCACAGAUUGUUGAGGCCUCCAAGGCACGCAUGCACCUUAUCUCGCCGCUAAUCGACCUCACCUCUACGACGCAAUACAGGCAGGACAGCUCCGAUGGUAUUCGUACUACCAAAUACCUCUAUCCCCACCUCAUCACAGUGAACAUUGCUCUGCCCAACACCUGGUCGGACUUCACGGCUCCCGAAAAGGAACGCAUCACAGUACCUCAGCGCCAGGCUAUAGGGCUGAUGCAUUGCUACGCCUCAUGUAUUGCUACCGCCAAGCGUCUCUAUGGCAACGAGUGCGGCCAAGCCCCACUUCCUGAGCCUAUAGCAGUGGAGGCGGUGUGUACUGAUGGAGUCUUCUUCGAUUUUAUUGCCUUCCAGUUGAAUACCCUGGCGACGCCCGACUGGAGCAAGAAUCCCACACCUCAGGGGCCUAUGAAUGUGGCCUGGGUAGACGGCAAUCAUGAGAUGGUGCGGAAGCGUUUUCCCAAGCGCAGCAUGCUGCGCAACACCAGGUACACUGAUCUAGAUAUGAAGGUCUUCUACCGCCUUUUUGCGUGCUACCUUUACGGGACGCAUGCAAAUAAAGGUGAGAAAUCAGAAGCGAUUGGUGUUAAUAGUGGUGGUGUAUUGUAA